AUGCCUUAUUUAAUGAAGAACGUUAAGAUGAAAGCAAAGUAUUACGCUAUUGUUGAGUUCGUUCAAAGUAAGUUCGAAAAAAUUUCAGAGGAGAUGGAACACAUCUUAACAAAGCAUCAACUAAGGAAACCUGAUGGAAAGUUUGAGUAUAAGAAGAUUGCAAUAUAUGUUGUAAAGAAGUUGAACAAAUAUCCUUUCACAAAGUAUCCCAGUAAUUCUCUAUUAGUGUUAGACGAUUAUGGUGGUCAUGACUUAUUGAAUGACCCACGUUCACCAUUAGCGAACUUCAUCACUAAGGUCAGACAUUAUAACUAUACUGUUGUCAUCAUGUGUCAAACAUGGAGACAUAUAUGUUUAAACAUUAAGAGACUAUGCACUGACUUCGUUAUCUUUCAAGGUUAUUCUAUGAGAGACUUUCAGUCAAUGAUUGAACAGUCAGGAGCAACAGAAGAUUGGGAAGAGUUAUGGAACAAAUACAAAGAGCUACCAACACCUCGUUCAUAUAUGGAAGUUCAUAUAGUUGCAGGAAAGACGGACUUUAAAGAAGUUAAGCAACAAAAGAUGACAUUAUUUUAA